GGUAUCUGUAAAAACAAAAUAUUUGUUUGUGGUGAAAUCGGCGUCUUCGUCAUUUCGUUGCGGUUGUGUUAUUUCCAGUAAAACAUUGUAAAAAUGUUGUUUUGUAAAAUCUAAUCUGAGUAUUACAUGUUUCGUCUUCAUAUCGAGGCAAAUCGCGUACAGCGUUGAUCGCUCGCGUUUCAUAAAUACGACUGCCAAGAUGGCUGAUAUAAAGGCAAUGUUCAAUAAGAUGAACCAAAAUGGGACAGGGGACGCCCCAGCCCCCAAACCCAAAGGCAAUAAAAACACCAUAGAGAAGAUAUACCAGAAGAAAUCACAGUUGGAGCAUAUAUUGCUUCGGCCUGACACAUACAUUGGGUCGGUGGAGCGGGCCACCGAGAAUAUGUGGGUGUUUGAUAAAGACAAGGAGUGCAUGGUGCAGAAGGAGCUGAAUUUUGUGCCUGGUCUCUACAAAAUAUAUGACGAAAUUUUAGUAAACGCAGCUGACAACAAACAAAGGGACCCCAAGAUGGACGUUAUCAAGAUUGAUAUCAAUCAGGAGCAGAACACCAUUUCAGUGUACAACAAUGGCUGUGGCAUCCCCGUAGUGAUGCAUCAGGAAGAAAAAAUGUAUGUCCCCACAAUGAUCUUUGGACAUCUCUUGACAUCUUCAAACUAUAAUGACGAGGAAGAAAAAGUGACAGGCGGUAGGAACGGCUAUGGAGCCAAGCUAUGCAACAUAUUCUCUACAAAGUUCACAGUCGAAACUGCUUCAAAACAAUACAAGAAACACUUCAAACAGACUUGGGGUUCCAACAUGACGAAAGCUUCAGAGCCAAAAAUCAAGGAGUCCGGUAAAGAUGACGAUUUCACAAAAGUGACAUUCAGUCCUGAUUUAGCUAAAUUCAAAAUGGAUAAAUUGGAAGAUGACAUUGUUUUGUUGAUGUCACGGAGAGCCUAUGACGUCGCUGCCUCGACUGCAGGCGUCAAAGUAUACUUGAAUGGUGAAAGACUAAAGAUAAAUAAGUUUAAGGAUUAUAUUGACUUGUAUAUUAAAGGUAAAGAGGAUGAAAACGGACAGCCUUUGAAAGUUGUAUAUGAGAAGGUCAACGACCGCUGGGAGGUCGCUUUGACAUUGUCUGAUAGAGGUUUCCAACAAGUCUCGUUUGUGAACUCUAUCGCUACAACAAAAGGCGGGAAACAUGUAGAUUCUGUGUCCGACCAUAUAGUUAAGAGUGUUCUAGAAGUUCUUAAGAAGAAAAAUAAGGGAGGAGUUAAUAUUAAGCCAUUUCAAGUUAAAAAUCACAUGUGGUUAUUUAUUAACUGUCUUAUCGUGAACCCAACCUUUGAUUCACAAACCAAAGAAAAUAUGACUCUCCAAGCGAAAAGUUUUGGAUCGAAAUGUAACUUCUCAGAGAAGUUUGUGACCGCAGUAACCAAGUCAGGAUUGGUGGAAUCUGUAUUGACAUGGGCCAAGUUUAAGGCUCAGAAUGAACUGGUGAAGGCAUCAGGGAAGAAACAGAGCAAACUUAAAGGGAUUCCGAAACUGGAAGAUGCGAACGACGCGGGGACGAGGAAUGCUCAUCUCUGCACGCUGAUCCUCACUGAGGGAGACUCAGCUAAGACUUUGGCUGUGUCGGGGCUCAGUGUUGUGGGCCGAGACCAUUACGGUGUCUUCCCACUGAAGGGCAAACCCCUAAAUGUUAGAGAUGCAUCGCAUAAACAGGUCUUAGAAAAUGUGGAAAUCAACAACUUGAUAAAAAUCCUUGGAUUACAGUACAAAAAGAAGUACAACACAGUGGAUGAUUUAAAAACGUUAAGAUACGGCAAAUGCAUGAUCAUGGCCGAUCAGGAUCAGGACGGCUCCCAUAUCAAAGGCUUGAUCAUCAAUUUCAUCCACCACAAUUGGCCAGAGUUGCUCAAACUGCCGUUUUUAGAGGAAUUUAUAACCCCUAUCGUAAAAGCUACAAAAAAAGACAAAGAGAUAUCAUUCUACUCGUUGCCCGAGUUCGAGGAAUGGAAGAGGGAUACGGACAAUCAUCACACAUAUACUAUCAAAUACUACAAAGGUUUGGGUACCUCCACAUCGAAGGAGGCGAAAGAAUAUUUUCAGAAUAUGGACAGGCAUAGGAUUAGAUUUAAGUAUAGCGGUCCAACAGACGACCAUCACAUUGAGUUGGCAUUUUCUAAGAAAGGUGCCGACCAACGCAAAGAGUGGCUCACCAGUCACAUGGACGAAGUGAAGAGGAGGAAGGAAAUUGGUCUCCCGGAGAGAUAUUUGUAUACAAAAGAAACAAAAACUGUUUCAUAUUCGGAUUUUGUCAAUUUGGAGUUGGUUCUCUUCUCAAAUGGCGAUAAUGUUAGGUCCAUCCCGUCGAUGGUCGACGGCCUGAAGCCGGGACAGCGCAAGGUCAUCUUCACCUGCAUCAAGCGCGGGGACAAGCGCGAGGUGAAGGUGGCGCAGCUGGCGGGCUCCGUGGCUGAGCACUCGGCCUACCAUCACGGCGAGCAAUCCCUGGCCAUGACGAUCGUGAACCUGGCGCAGAACUACGUGGGCUCCAACAACGUCAACCUGCUGCAGCCGCGGGGCCAGUUCGGCACCAGGCUCUGCGGCGGCAAGGACUCCGCCAGCCCCCGUUACAUCUUCACCCUUAUGUCCCAGCUCACAAGGCUCAUAUUCCAUCCGCACGACGACCCUCUUUUGGUGCACGAGUACGAAGACAACCAGAAGAUCGAGCCGGUGCACUACGUGCCCAUCCUGCCGCUGCUGCUGGUCAACGGCGCCGAGGGCAUCGGCACCGGCUGGUCCACCAAGAUACCCAACUACAACCCCAGGGACAUCGUCCAGAAUAUCCUACGAAUGUUAGACGGCGAAGAGCCAAAACCGAUGCACCCGUGGUACAAAAACUUCCGAGGCACCAUUGAAGGCUUCGGAGACAAGUACGUGAUCUCCGGAGAAGCUGCAGUGCUGCCCGGGGAGAAGAUCGAGAUCACGGAGCUGCCCAUCGGCACCUGGACACAGAACUAUAAGGAGAAUGUGCUGGAGCCACUGCUGGGGACGGACAAAGUUAAGCCUGUCAUAUCGGAGUACAGGGAAUACAACACGGACACCACAGUGCGGUUCGUGGUGACCCUCCUCCCGGGCAAGCUGGCCGAGGUGGAGGCGGAGGGCAUUCAUAAAGUGUUCAAGCUGCAGACCACAAUAUCACUGACGUGCAUGAACGCGUUUGACCAUCUCAACUGUCUCAACAAAUACGAGAAAGUGGAAGGCAUACUCCGGUCGUUCUUCGAUCUGCGGCUGAAGUACUACGCGCGGCGCAAGGCGUGGCUGGAGGGCCAGCUGCAGGCGGAGGCGGACAAGCUCUCCAACCAGGCGCGCUUCAUCCUCGACAAGUGCGACCGGGGACUCGUGGUCGAGAACAAGAAGAGGAAGGCUAUGGUCGAAGAACUUAUUAAAAGAGGAUACGCGCCGGACCCCAUCGCGGAGUGGAAGAAGCGCGCGGCCAAGAUGCAAGGCAUCGAGGACUGCCGCGAGGAAGAAGCGCCCGACUCCGAGGAAGAAGCUGAACCCGAACAGGACACGGGCAAGCCCGUAGACUCAGAGAAAGCAUUCCAGCAGCUGAAGGAAGUGAAGAAGUUCAACUACCUGCUGGGCAUGUCCAUGUGGAUGCUGACCAAGGAGAAGAAGGACGAGCUGCUGAAGCAGAGGGACCAGAAGCUGGCGGAGCUCACUGCGCUCAAGGCCAAAACUUCGUCGAUGUUGUGGCGCGAGGACCUGGACGCGUUCCUGGUGAAGCUCGGGGAGGUGGAGGAGCUCGAGCGCCGCGAGGAGCUCGGCGUCAGCAGGAACACCAACAAGGCGCUGAUGGAGAGGAUGAAGGCCGCGAACAAGAAAAACCGCAAGUCGCUGAUGGACAUCGCACCGUCGGAGAGCGGGCGCCGCGUGGAGCCCAAGAUAUCGGAGGACCUCAUCAAGCGGAUCCAGGCGGCGGAGAAGGCCAAGACCAGGAAGGAGAUCAAGAAGGAGUACGAUCCAGAUGAUCCAACUGGCAUCAGUCCAGCGAGCGGCGAGAAGAAACCCAAAGGUCGGGUGAAGAAGGAGAAGGCGGAGAAACCUGAGAAAGCGGAGAAAGAUAAGGACGGUCUCAAGCAGACUAAACUCGCGUUCAAAAAGGAGCCGAAAAAGAAGAUGACGUUCAGCGGCAGCAGCUCGGAGGAUCUGUCGGGCUCCGACGCUGAUACAGCCGCGGCUGCAGCGCCCGCAGCGCCGCGAGAGCGAGCGCCCGCGCGCCGCGCCGCCGCCAAGGUGCAAAAAUACAAAGACGGCGAGGAAUCGUCAUCAGAGUCGGAGCCGGAACUCCUGGACAACAAACUGGAUGACGAGGCCCCGCGCCAGCUGGCCAUGAGCGACGAUGAGGACGAAUUCCACGUCCACAAGAACAAGAACAAGCGUCCGGCCGAGAUGGACUCCGACUGCCUAUUCGACUCCCUCAUAGAAGACACUAAGAAAGAACAAAACAAUCAUUCUCACGUGAUCUCAAGCGACGAGGACAAGGUAGUGGAGUCAACUCAAAAGAAGAAGCCGCCGCCAAAGAAGAAGCCCGCGGAGAAGGAGGAGAAGAUGGAGAAACCUAAGAAACGGCCCGCCAAAGUCAUCAGCCUGGACAGCGAUGAUGAUGACAGCAUAUUUGAUAGUAAAAAGACAAAAGCAAAGCCAGCGAACCCGCGCAAGAAGAAGAAGAAGAACUCCAGCGACUCCGAGUCGGACGUCUCUCCGGCCGCAACGCCGCCGCAACCGCGCAGCAACGCGCGCGCGAGGCCGCAAAAGAAGUACAACUUUAGUGACGGCUCCGGUUCUGAUUCUGACUGAAGGUGCAGCGAUAUAUGUGAGAAGCUCAUGGAGGCGAUAAAAAAAGGAAUAGUUUUAUAUUCUUUGAUUAUUUUUAUACAGUUUUACAUUCGAUAAUGUAAUAAUUUCGCGAGACGGAGCGACAGCGCAAUGUCCGUACAUCAAUGACGUAUUUUUGUAUGUUUGACGGCAAAAUGUAUCAGAGGUGUCAAUGUCACAGUGCAUGACAAAACGAUUGACUUUCAACACUGGAUUAACUGUUUCAAAAACUAUGACUUUCGAUUUGGACUACGUCUAACUAGAAACUAUGAACUUAAAAUUUUUAGCUUCGAAAUAUGUAAUGUAAUUUUCCUACUGAUUAGCACAGUUUAUUGAAACCAGUAUUAUUAUUUUCCUUUUUUAUAAAUUCAAAUUUAUUUAUUUGUUUAUAUAUGUAUUCAUGGAAUUUAGUAUGUUGCAAAAAAGUUUUAAGCUAUCUAUCAAUUUUCAACUUUCAGUUCAAUAGUAUAUAAAUAAAUCAGUAUUAUGAGACGUUUGUCGUUUAUUGUGACGUUUUGGCGAAUAUACUCUGGAUUUUUAGUAAAAUGACUGUGAUUUGGAUAAGAAAAUCUGAAUCUAUGGGAUUCUAAAGAAUAUUUCAAUCGUCGUGAAUGUUUAUGUGUCUGUCGACGUGUAUUGUAUAUAGUGUUUUUGUAAAUUUUAAUAUCAUCUUGCUAUUCAUGUUGUAUGGAUGCAGUGACCUUAUUUUCAAUUUUAAAUUGCUUUUCGAUUUUUGUUUGUAGCGAAUGAUACACUAGUAUUUUUUCUAUUUACAUAUAAUUCGAUUGUUCAAGUAUGUAAUAUAUUUUCUUUGUCUAUCUCUGUUUAGUCAAGUGAUCAUGAGGUCCUAGCUUCAUAUUACUUACCUGGAUCGGUGUGGGCGUCGCUACUGUUAACUAAAUUUGACAAUACAAUCAAAAAAAUUACAAGUCCAUUUUUGAUUGUCAGGUCAAGAGAUUUUAUACACUUUUAUAUUUGGGCGUUGCAGUUGUUGACAUUACAAAGGCAACAUUCGCGACGAGAUCUAAUUAAACAAACUUACAAAUAGAUAAUUCAGAUUUCCCAGCUCUAAUACGAGGGAUGUGGGUGGAUCUGUUUUUAAAUAAAUUCGUAGAAAAAUUAUAAAAAAAAAGUCAACAGCUCUCAUUGUAAAUUUGUAGUAAAGUUUGUGUGAGUAUGUUUCAUGUGAAAGAGAUUCUCAAAAUGUAAUUUGUAUUAUUGAUAAAUAAUAUUAUUAUGUGAAUAUCUCGUUUAAAUAACGCUGUCUCGUUCGCACUCGACGUGUAUAUGGAUUGUAUGAGCAGGAAGGGAAGUUUUUAUUCCAUUUAUAUACAAUAGGUUUAAUUCGGAAGGGAGCAUAGUUUAGUACGUUUUCUUCAGAAAUGCCAGUAUUUGUUGUACAUUUAUAUUUUUUAAAUGUAUUUUGCAAAUCAAAGUUGUAUCUAAUUUUGUAUGACAUACAUUUGUGAACUUUUACUAUUAGCUAUUUGGAAUUUAACACUCACACAAACAUUGUUUCAUAUUAUGUUAAUUUUCUUUUCUGUCCUCGUUUUCCAUCAAUAAUUUAGUAUUCAAUUUGAUUUAUUUAUUGAUUCUUUUUAAUAUAAUGCAGUUUGUUAUAUUUUUGGCUAUAUAAAUAUAUUAUGAAUGUCAUAUUUCGUCAAUUCCGAAAAAAUGUAAUUGUACAUCUAUAUGAAUACAAUUUGUAAAUAAAUUUUUAAUUUAAA